UAAAACAGAGUCACAUUAUACUCAACUUCUUGGCGAUGGAGGGCCGUAUAACAUGCGAACACAUUGAUACGAUAUGGGCCGCAGCUCAAUUAAAACACUGCUCAAAAACUGUACAUGAUUUACUACCAGGCCUCGUGAAGCACCUUCCCGCUCCCCCCGCAUUGCAUCUUUACUCAUUGCUGUUUAAAAUGGAACCCAAGGAGCAUACCGAACAGACUUUAUUUCUAGCAUCGGCAUUAAUUAAAUUUAUCUGGACCAAAGGAGGAGCUGGUGCAGAGGCAGGACUUAUAGGAUUAGCUGCAUCAGCUGCGGGAAUAGCACUCCACAAAUGCCACAGUUCUACCGAAAAUAGCGGUGAAACUUCUGGUCAGUAA